GUUGCAAUCGCUGGAGCCACUGGCCACAUUGGCAAGACUAUCCUCGACGUCUUGAAGCAGAACCAAAACCACAAAGUCAUUUCUUUGUCCCGCAAGGCAUCAAAUGGUCACGACACUCACACUAUUGUCGCGGACUAUAAUAACAUUGACUCGGUGGCUGAUGUUCUUGAAAGCAAUGGCGUUCACACAGUAAUCUCUGCUAUCCUAGUCAAAGAUGACGAGUCUAGCCCUUCAGAGAUCAAUCUCGUCAGGGCUGCUAGCAAAUCACGACCAACAAAGCGCUUCGUCGCGAGUGACUAUGCAGCUCCCAUUCCAGAAGAGAAACAAUUUGGGCGUAUUCUCGAUCGAGCCGGCACAGCCAAGGAGCUGCGCCAGACGGACUUAGAAUGGACGUCUAUCCGCGUUGGGCAGAUUUCCGACAGCUUCGGCAUCCCGCACAUCAAGAGCUACUUGCCUUUUCGCCCCCUCAACGUCGACGUGGCCAACAAAGCAGCAGCUAUUUACGGGUCAGGACACGAUGUCAUUGCUUACACUUACAGCUUCGACAUGGCACAGUUCCUCGUUGCCGCACUGGACCUGCCUAAGUGGGACGAAGAUUUGUUCUGUUGUAGCGACAAGGUUACAAUUAAUGAAAUUGUCAAGUUGGCAGAGAAGAUAACAGGGGGAGGCCUCCGAAUAGGGCCUGAGUUUAAUGUCGCAUACGAUAGCGUCGAGAAGCUUCAACGGGGAGAAAUGACGGAACUGCCGGCAUAUGUUGAGUCGUACUCUGUGGUUCCAAAAAGGAUUCUCCAGGUCAGCUUCGCUACUUAUAGUUUGUAUGCGAUCGAUGGAUUGUUUGAUUUUCCAAAGGAAAAUAUCUUGAAUGCAAAGUUUCCCGACAUCAAGACGACAACUAUUGAGGACAUGUUGAACCUUUGGAGGAACAAGUGA